CCCAGGCAGGCCAGCACUCAAAAACAGAAACAAAAUAACAAACAACAACAUCAGAAAAAACAGCAUCAGCUUAUAUUAUUUUUAUCCUUUGCUGCUGUUUUUCAGCCCACCCUUCUCGCAUCAAAGCCUUUACCUUUUCUCUCUCUUAAGAAAAAAAAAAAAAACCCUUACUUUGCUGGGGGGGGGGGGUAAUUGAAAACGAAACAAACAAAAGACCAAGAAAAGAAAGAAACAUGGAAACUCCACGCACCCUCUUCGAAAUCAAAGAAAGAAAGGGUACCUAACUCUCUCUUUCUUCAAUGGCCCAGCUGGACCAAAAUUUGUGUAAAUAGAAGAUGGGGGGAAUGUCUUCAAAUGUCCUCCAACCAAAACCCACCUCAAAGAAACCAUUUCUAUGAAAACGUUUUUACCUGAAAUACCCUUCUGCAACCCACCCAAAAAAAAAAUCCCAUCUUCAUCAGUGUCUCAACUCUCAAAAGAAACAUGUUUUUCACCGAGUUAUUAUGUGGGCUUCAUUGGGUUUUCUUUGUCUCGGUCAGAGUUUUUCCCUAUAGUAAACAGCAAAACGAGAACCUUCCUAUCCUCUCUCUCUACUCUUAUUCCCUAUUCCUUUUGUUAUUUCUUGCCCAUAUCUCUUUCUUUCUUCCCUUUUUUCAUCAAAUACCCUUCUUUCUCUCUUUCUUCUCCUCCUCCAUAUUUCCUUAUUUUGGCCUUUUGGGUUCUUCACUUUUUCUGAUCCCUCUGAUCUGGAAACAUGAAAAAGAUGAAAGGGGUUGCUGCUUCCAUGGGGUAUUCUCCAUAUCCUAUGUAUGAGGACCAAAGGACCAGGUUCAAGCACCAGAGCCUUAUGCAAGACUUUGAAGACUUGCACAAGGAAACAGAAGCCAUGAGAAUGAAAUUGCAGAUGAUGAAAGAGCAAAAAUUAACCCUUUUGGCCGAAGUUCGGUUUUUGAAACGGAGGCACAAGUUCUUGAUGCAAAACCGAUCUUCCAACACCCUAGCCGGCCGAAACUUUGUGCAACCACAGAGUACGGUGGUUAAAAGAAGCAAAUCAAAUGUGAAGGAAAAGAAAUCAACUGGCAAGGAACACAGUUUGCGACAUCUAGCUAUUGGGUUCGAUCUGAACCAAAAGGGAAAGACUUACAGUGAAAAGGAAACCACUUUCGCUCAUCCUUCUCUGAUAUUUGACUUAAAUCAGAAGCAGCACAAAAAUAUCAAUGGCGAGGAAGUUAUUCUGCGAAGUUCUUCACCAAUUCUUGACUUAAACCAGAGGGAAAGGCUUUACAGUGGAAAGGAGGCUACCGCUCCAACCAUGACGCCAAUUUUUGAUUUAAACCAGAUUUCGUUGUCUUCCUUUGUAGAGAGAGGAGGAAGAACUACAAGCUAUGGACAAUUCAAUGAGAAUAGAGGAAUUCAAGAAAAGUUCAAUCCGAAUGGCAAGUGAUGAGCAGCACAAUGAUAUCAAAAUAUCAGCCUGCAGGAACACCGGGAACGGACCGAACAGAGUUGGGAAAAGAAAGAUCUCAUGGCAAGAUCAGGUGGCAUUGAGGGUUUAAGUGUCAUUACUUGUAAUAGAAGUUCUUAGUUGGAGGGGUUGAGGACUAAGUGAGUUUAGCUAUAGCCUCCCUCCCCCUCCUUUAAUUGCGCUAUGUUCCUUUUUCAUUUCCUCCUUUUGUAAAGAAAAAUAUAGUUGGCAUAUAUUAAAUUGCUGCCUUGCCUUGCCUUGGAA